UUGUAUGUUUUAUGUAGUGUUUUUGGAUUUGCCUACAAAUUUGAAAUUUAUUCUGGCCAAGACAUUUCGACAAGACCUGAAGCUACCAGACAAAAAAGAGAUGAUGAAAAAAAUACCCCUAGGGGUACUUAUGAAGAAAGAACAGCGUCAUAUGAGGGAGUUGAUUUAGCUUGCAUAGCAUGGAAGGACAAUAAAAUAGUGACUAUGUUAUCAAGUUACGUAGGAACAGAGCCUGUUUCAACCGUCAAAAGGUUUGAUAAAAAGACGAGAGAAAGAAUUGAUAUAUUGUGUCCAAAGUCCAUUACAGAAUAUAACAGUCAUAUGGGGGGUGUUGACUUGUUAGAUAGUUUCUUGGGUAGAUAUCACAUAAGAGUAAAAUCUCGUAAAUGGUAUAUUCGUAUAUUUUUCCAUUUGUUUGAUCUGGCUGUUAUCAACUCCUGGAUUAUAUAUAAAAAUAAUGCAAUAAAAGAAAAUGUUGCAAAAAAGAACAUUUUAAACUUAGGUGAGUUCAGAAACGAGCUGGCCUAUGUUUUAUGUAACUCAGGCACAAACGAAAAUAAAAGAGGUCGGCCUAGCUCUUCCAGCCUGGAGCAGGAGUUGCAAGCUAAGAAGAAGAGGUUACAAUCAAAACCAAUCCCUCCAUUGGAUAUACGGAUGGAUGGUCUAGGGCACUGGCCAGAUGUUGGUGUGUCGCUUCGUUGUAAGUAUCCACAUUGUACAGGAUACACCACCAUAAGCUGUGCCAAAUGUGGCAUAAAUUUAUGCCUAAACAAAAAUAAUAACUGUUUUACUAGGUUUCACACUACCUAA